AUGCACAUCCAACAGGUUGCACGCAGAACAAGUCAGAUUUCACUAGCCACCAUCGAUCCAGAAGAGAUCGAGCCGUUCCGAGACGACUGGGAGCAUGACACGCAACCACUUGCAGGCGACGCCAUCCAGGCGCGCGGCCACGACGCGACAGCGGCUCCGGCUCCGGCUGACUCCUCCUCGUUGUGCACUCGAUGCCAGAACUUUGAUGUACAGUCUUUUGCACGCAGCGCCAAUAGACGGAAAGGCUACCUGCUAAGAGACGUCCAAGCCGCUGCGAAUCAAGGCUGUUCGUUUUGCGCGCUGUUGCUAGAGGCGUUGGAAGGGGUUGAGAAGCCAGAGUACUUCUACAACAACCUCUUCGUCGGAAGGACAACGUUGAACCCGGAUCUCUAUGUGCAUAUGACUGUUUCUGAGAGUUAUUACGAUGAUAGAGAAUUAUGCACCUCUUUGUCGAUGGGGUUAUCGGUUAAUCGCAUCUUGGUUGAGCUCGGAGAUCGGUUCAGCGGUGUGCGAAAUCAGUCAAAGCAUGAGGUUUGUAUUGCAGCAGAUCCUGGAAGUCCGGCAGUGUUGAACGGCGAUAUCGUGGGUCGUUAUAUAGGCAACGAUCCAUCCUCAGCCUCACAUUAUGAGACGGCACGAAAUUGGCUUCAAGCAUGUUCUUCCCACUCAAAAUGCAAUCAAAGAGUAUCCGGAUCCGUUCAGAUUGAUCCCUAUCACUCUCCACUUCCUACUCGGGUGGUUGAGAUCACACGAGAAAACAAUCAACAACGACUGUAUCUCCGCCAGACGGAGGGGCUCAAUGGCGCAUACAUCACGCUGACCCACCGCUGGAAUGAGUUUACCGGCAAAUGCAUCACGACGACAUCAAAUUACGAAGAACGCUUACUCGGUGGAGACUUCGGAGAGCUGCCACAGCUAUUCCGUGACGCCCUGACCAUUGCGGAGAAACUCAAUAUCAAAUUCAUCUGGAUCGACUCCAUCUGCAUCAUCCAGCAAGGCGACAACCUCGCGGACUGGCGACGCGAAGCACCCAAGAUGGCCCAAUACUAUCAAUUCUCCGUCUUCACCCUGGCGGGAACGGCCGAAGAUAUGACCGGAGGACUUCUCCAGCCCUACCCGCGAGAUUCCGUGCCAUGGGCCUCGAAGCUCGUACGCCUGCCUUACCGAGACAAGGCCGGCGCCGUCGCGGGGGACUUCUACGCAUACAUACGGCGCGUCCCCCUGGUGGGCGAAUACAUGGAUCAAGUACGGUCAAGCAUCCUGUUCCGUCGGGGUUGGAUCCUGCAGGAAUGGCUGUUGAGUAAACGACUACUCUGGUACACGCCCAACGGGCUGUUCUUCGAGUGCCAGCAAGAGCUGCCCCGAUCAUAUGAUCAGGCGCAGAUCGCGUUCGGUCGAGCCGGGGCGGAAUUGCAGGCACAUUUGCAGCUGAAAGCCUCAUUUCACUUCUCCAACAGCGAUAUCCUGAGCUUCUGGUAUCACGCUUUGGAAGUGUAUUCCGGUCAACACCUCACGAAACCGGAGCUGGACCGCAUUCUGGCGGUCGGCGGUCUGGCAAAGGAGGUUGCGCAGAUUCUCGCGGAUCCGGAGCGUCUCGCCAGCCGGGAGAAUGAGGCUCAGAACGAGGUUUACGUCGCUGGAUUGUGGCUUCGGGAUAUUUAUCAUGGGUUGCUUUGGGAAAAAGAACAUCAUGCCUCUGAGCAAGAUACAAAGACAGUAGACAAAACCCCAUCCUGGUCUUGGGCUUCUCUUCUAACACUGGUUCGCUGGCCCGAAAGAAGCAAGGGCACGAAGAGCGCGUUCACAGUUACGGGACUAUGCUUCACCGAACGAGAAGCGCACGAAAUUCCCGACCAUGUCGUCUUCGACGGCUGCAAACUUCGGCCAUUCAACGCAAUGACGGAGCGACCCACAUUCGACCCGGCCAACAUGUUUUCAUGCCUACAUAUCCGCGGCAAGCUGCACACGGUCCACAUCCGCGGAUAUCUCGAGACUGAGGAGAAUCUAAAGAAAGCCGCCCUCUCAACCGGCUACUCUCCCAUCCCAGAAGCGUGCAAUUGGCGUGCCAUAUGCUCUGCCUUCCAACCAGACAUCAUCGCGGGUUGGGGAUCGCUAGAGCGACUUCAGCCACGAUAUCCGUCGGCGUGCGAUGAUUUCGGCAUCGCGGUGUAUGCGUUGCAUGUCUCGACGCGCUACUUGCGCCAUGGAGUUUGGGUCAAGAGACAGUUGCCCGUGUUGGAUGUUUUAUUCUUGGAGGAGGUAGUGUCUCCACUGGGCACUCCUGAGCAGACUGCGGAAAGGAGGGUCUCGAAUCGAUUCCGACGGCUUGGGAUUGGUAGGAUUGCGGACGAGGGACUGAUUGCUGAGUUUGAGGAGGCCGGGGAGCGUGAUAUCCAGCUCAUAUGA